AUGAAAGCACAGUUUAUAAAGAAGUGUCAGUUACCGAGCUGUGACGAAGAGACAGACAAUCCAGUUGUCGUCACAGAAUCGCGUAUUACCGUAGCUACAGAGCAGUGGGCUAAUAUUGUCACAGAUACAGCUACUGCUUCAUGUAGUCACGUCCAGUGUUCAGACAACACAAUCAACGAAAUGUCCCCAACCAUUCAUCUUUCGGUGAAAGACGAGUUAGACAAAAUGGUCAUUGAAAUGAUGAAAGGUGGUUAUAUAAGCAUCAAGAAGGCUGAUCAAAUACUGGACAUUUUUCGUGCGCGGUAUCCAGAACUUCCAACGUCCGUCCGAAGUGUUCUACGUCGAUGCAACGACAUGGAGCCUAA